GGUGUUAUUGUCCCCUAAAUUCGAAAGGAAAAUGCCGAUGAGUACUAGUGCAUCCUUUUUUUCUGAACUCGAAAACAAAAAAAUAAUAUCGGAAAAACGUUGCCAAACCAACACCAAAAACACAAGACAAUCGUCCCAUCCUUUUUCCGAUACAGCACCUGGCGAUACCAUACAUCCACGAUGGACUGCCCCGCCACCAGUAUCGACAGCGGCAACAACUUUGGAGACACACUCGCGACCUGGGACACGGCGCGCGCGGUGCUCCUAUCCCUCGCGUUUGUCCUCCUGGCAACGACGGUCCUUCUGGAAUCCUUUCUGCUCCCGUCCCGGAGAAAGACCAGGUCCGGAGCCGGGCGGUCUCUCGAGCAGGAGCUCCUCACCCACGUCGUGAUCACGGGUGGAUCCUCCGGCAUCGGCCUGUCUAUUGCCAGGGAAUGCAUCGAGCGCGGCGCAAGGGUGGUCACGCUCCUGGCCAGAAACCCGGAAAAACUGGCGGCGGCCAAGAAGGAACUCGAGGCCCUGUCGUCCGCGGUCUCCGGAGCGAGCGAGGGCAAGAAGCAGCGGUGUGCCAUAGAGGUCGUCGCGGUCGAUGUCUCGGACCAACCGGGGAUCGUCCGAGCCGCCAGAGACGUUUGCACCUCCCAAAGCCACCCGGUGCCCACGUCGCUCCUCAACGUCGCCGGGACCUCGUCUUCGGCCGCCUUUGUCGACACGGACUACUCCGAGUUCCGGCGGUUGAUGGACAUUAACUAUAUGGGCACUGCCUAUGCAACCCGGGCCUUUUUGCCCUACAUGCUGGAGGACUCGGGGGGGAUCCGUCCCCGGGCCAUUGUGUUCACGUCCUCCCAGGCGGGCCAGUUGGGGAUCUACGGCUACACGGCCUACUCGGCGUCCAAGUUUGCCCUGCGGGGGUUGGCCGAGGCACUCCACAUGGAGCUGGCCCCUAGAAAUGUCUCGGUCCAGGUCGUCUUCCCGCCGGACACGGACACCCCCGGGUUCGAGAUCGAGAAUCUCGACAAGCCCGCCGUCACGAGGGUGAUCAGCGAGACCUCCGGCUUGUUUUCGCCCGAGGCGGUGGCGAAGGCCCUCCUCGAUUCCAUGGCAGCGAAACGACCGGCCUUUGGGAUCACCAUUGGUUUGGACGGGUUUAUGCUCGGGGCCCUGACGGCGGGCAUGUCGCCCUGCGUCGAUGGGCUCGGUGCACUCUACCAGAUCUUCCUGGCCGGCCUCUUUCGCUUCGUGAGCCUCUUUUAUCUGUGGGAUUUUCGGAGAACGGUGGCGCGAAUGCUCGUGGAGGAGGAACAGAAAAAAGAAAAGAACGAGUAGAGCGGAUCCAAGCGAAACCAACACUGCGUGCGGCCUGACACGGGCGGCAAAGCACCAACACGGAAGGCAAACAGAUUGACAAACCGGGAGGCAGGAACGAUUCGAGGGGCGGAAUGGACCAUUCGUGCUCUUCCAAGCAAUGCAGGCGACAAACGCGAAGGCACCCAAGCGCUUGGUGCUGGCGUGUGACGGAUGGAGGGGUCAAAUCCCACCGCAAUGCAACUGAUUUCGAGUCCUUUCUUUCUUUUUGGAUUCAAUCCUUCCAGCGGGGAAUGAAAGAAUCAAAUCGUAUGCGCUGCAUAAAACAAUUUACAAACAUUCUUGAUGGAAAGUCUCUCGACGCAGAGAAACAGAGAAAUGCAUGCGUACACAACGGAAAUAGAAGAAAACGCAUCGAGAAUCAUUGUCAUUUUCUAAGUCCAUUCAACUUCACUUGUGAUCAAACAGAUUACUCCACUGAUUUUCUCGCCACAUGCGACGUUGACACUUUCUGGAUCCCGACCAUCCUAUUUUUUACCUGGACUAAUUUGAAAUAGAAAAAUUGCGUUAACCCGCUGUAAUUUUUGUUUAUCUGCUUUAUCUAAUAUAAUACAAAAUGGUUACGGUUCUAGUUCGAUCCGUCGGCCUUGUUCAUGUCUUCCAUAGCCUCCCGACGGCGAGCGUAGUACUUGUCGAGUGUCUUCUUCGGAAUCUUCUUGAGCAAUUCCUUGGGGAAGGCACGGAGGAUACUCCAAGCAAGGUCAAGAGAUUCGAAAAUAGUACGUGCCUCGUAUGGUCCUUGAGAAAUGAACUUUCCUUCGAAUCGCUCCAAGAAACUGAGGUAUAAAUGAUCUUCCAUAGAAAGAGCUUCCUCUCCGACAACGGCCUUCAUGGCCAUGACAUCCUUACCCAUAGCAUAGGAAGCAUAGAGCUGGUUAGAUACGGCACCGUGAUCGUCUCUUGUCAUGCCUUCUCCGAUAGCAGACUUCAUCAGACGCGACAGCGAAGGAAGAACGUUGAUAGGAGGGAAAAUACCCUUGGUAUCCAAUUGACGAUCCAAGUAGAUCUGUCCUUCCGUGAUGUAUCCAGUAAGAUCGGGAAUAGGAUGGGUAAUAUCAUCGUUAGGCAUGGUAAGAAUAGGCAGCUGCGUAAUCGAACCGUUGCGUCCAACAAUACGUCCGGCACGUUCGUAAAUGGUGGAAAGAUCGGUGUACAUAUAACCAGGGUAACCACGACGUCCAGGAACUUCUUCACGAGCAGCAGAAACCUCACGAAGGGCAUCAGCGUAAGAAGACAUAUCAGUAAGAAUGGUAAGAACGUGUAAGUCGCGUUCGUAAGCAAGGUAUUCGGCUGUGGUAAGAGCCAAACGCGGUGUAAUAAUACGUUCAAUGGUAGGAUCGUUGGCCAAGUUCAGGAACAGAGAAGUACGUUGCAUAGCACCACUUUCUUCGAAAUCAGAACGGAAGAAACGAGCAGUUUCCAUGUUCACACCCAUAGCACCGAAGACAAUAGCGAAGUUCUCUUCGUGUGUAUCCAUGGUAUCCUUUUGUUUGACAAGCGAAGCUUGACGGGCGAUUUGCGCAGCGACUUCGUUGUGAGGAAGACCAGCGGCAGAGAAAAUAGGAAUCUUUUGUCCACGAGCAACGGAGUUCAUGACAUCAAUAGCAGAAAUUCCGGUUUGGAUCAUAGCCUUAGGGUAAUCACGAGAAGAAGGGUUGAUAGGCAUACCAUUGAUAUCGAGGUAAGCUUGAGGGAGAACCUUUGGUGCGUGAUCGAUAACCUUUCCGGAUCCAUUGAAGGACCGACCAAGCAUCUCCUCGGAAACUCCCAUUUUCAAAAUCUCUCCAGUAAAUUCACAUUUGGUCUUUCUGUUGUCAAUAUCGGAGGUUCCUUCGAAGACCUGGACAACAGCACGGCUGCCAGAUACUUCCAGUACCUGUCCGGAUCGUUUACUUCCAUCUCGAAGAGUCAAGUUGACGAUUUCAUUGUACUUUGGGAGCUUUACAUUGU